AGAGGCAGUACGCAAUUGGACCCUGAACCUGAGCGAUCCUGCUGACUGUCUAACCAAUAAGGCUGCUCUUCUGGAAGGAGAAGCUUCUUUCUGGCUCAUUCUUACUUAAUAAAGAAGACAAACCUGGAACCACCAAACCAGGAGAAAGCAUUUCGACAAAUAGCUUGCUUUAAGGAUGCAGGACGGGAGUUGGAAUCAGCCACUCCCCUUCUCUCUGCUGCUAAAAGACUCAGCAGCAGGUGGGACUUUGGAGGGCGAUGGAGGUGUGUUUUCUGAGGCGUCCUCUGAUGGGGAACUGUACCUGGACUCUGUGACAGAGCUGGAUUCUGGAGACGGGGACUUUGCAGAUCUUACUGCCUUCUUAAGUGCAGAAGAGAUCAAUCGUAGCCUGGACCUGGCCCGGGAGGCCUUUGGUGACAAAUGUGAAUCUGAAGAUCCAGGCCCCUCUAAUCCUACACCCCAGGAGCAGGUUCUCCAGCCUAUCCCCUCCCUCCCUGUGAGCAGCCAGACUACUGAAAACCUCAUCACAAACCCAAACCUGCACCACCAGACCAAAGCCCCCUACCCAGAUGAUAGCACUACAAUGAAAGUCACCUCCAGUCAGAACGCUGCCCUCAGCAGACCUGUACAGGUGUCCAGUGAGGCCCCGUCCUCUGCUGAGAAGGUUGUCCGCCACAAACCCAUCCAGCCGGUUUAUAAGCAGGAUAAACCCAGGCUGGUGCAUGAAGGCCUGGAGCUGAAUGAUCGGGCAGCUUCAGCCACAGAGUUCUGUAGCCGAGCUGCCACGUUCAUCGAGGAGCUGUCGUCCAUUUUCAAAGGUUCUGCUCAUUUGGAGCAGCAGGUGGACGAAGACUCUUCCUCUCCUGAUAGUGGCUAUCUGUCUCCCAGGAGCCAGCGGCCAGUCCCUCAGGGCUCGGCCUCUGCUCCGUCUCUGCCUCCCAACCAGCAAGAGCAGACACAGUACAGCCAGACUGACAUGGGGCCUCAGCCUGGAGGCCCGGUGGGAGUGGCAACUUCUGCAAGGCUCCAGCACCUUGGAGCUCCAACCACAACUGGACCUCUGUCCCCUCCUCAAUUCCUCCAGAAGCUGAAGAGUCAGGAGGUGGCAGAAGGAAGCCCCAUCCGUCUGGAAUGUCGAGUCAGAGGAAACCCCCUGCCGCUUGUCAGGUGGUUCUGUGAAGGCCGCGAGCUGCACACCUCCCCUGACAUACAGAUCUGGAGGGAUGGUGACCUGCACACACUGGUGAUCGCUGAAGCCUUUGAGGACGAUACGGGACGUUACACCUGCGUGGCGUCCAACAGCCUUGGAGCAGACAAUACCUCUGCUGAGGUUUACAUUGAAGGAGCUUCGUCAUCAGACUCAGACGGAGAAGGGGCAGCGUCAAAAUCCAGAUCAGGAACCAUGCCUCAGGUGCAGAAGAAAACUACGUCCAUGUCCCUAACUAUACGCUCAUCCUCACCCAAAACCCAUGAGGUCCUUCCUCAUCGCUCCACCCUGGUCCAGUCGCUGUCUCAGCCGCCACAGCGGAUGCAGAGCCCAGUGUCGUCACUGUAUGGUGGUGAGGUGUCAGGCCCUCCUAUAUUCACCAAGCUCUUGCAGGAUGCCCAGGCGUCCGAGGGCCAGGUGGUGGUUCUGGAGUGCAGGGUCCGUGGAAGCCCUCCUCUGCAGGUCCGAUGGUACCGCCAGGGAGAGGAGAUCCUGGACUCCCCCGAUUUUCGGAUUCUCCAGAAAAAGCCUCGAUCUGCAGCUGAGCCAGAGGAGAUCUGCACCCUGGUGAUAGCUGAGGCCUUUCCAGAGGACGGAGGUCUGUUCUGCUGCACCGCGUCCAACCCAUAUGGCUCCAUAAACAGCACGGCCCAACUCACUGUCACUGCAGUAGCCGAGGACUCAUCCAGUAAUGGCAUGUCUGGAGAUAGCUCAGGGUUUGAGGAUACGGCAGCCUUCCCCCCUCCUCCCCCACCCACAGAGAUCAGCCUCCUGGAGCUGCCACCCAAGACGCUGCCUCAGUCCGGCACCGAGGCUUUCCGUAUCAAGGAGCUGGAGAUCUGGCCCAGCGUGUCAGCUCUGCCUCCGGUACAAAUAGGCUCAGAGGUGGAGGACAAGGACAAGGGAAAAGAGUCUGUACAGAAUGGUCAACCCCUGAAUCUGCCGUCACCUCCAAGCCCACCUAAAGAGACCACACCGCCACCCCCACCUCCACCUCCACCUCUACCACAGUAUGACCCUACGGCAGAUGUCCCAGUCAUAGCCCAAAGCCCAGCUCAUGUGGCACCAGACUCACCUCCGACCCCAGGCAAGCUGUCUCCAUCCCCCGCGAAGGACGGUCCUCCUCUGCCUACCAAACCCAAACCAAAGCUAGCUGAGCAUAGAGAGGAGGAGGCAGAAAAUUACAGGAACGCGUCCCAGCUGAAGCAGCUGCAGGACCAGAUUCUGUUGGAACAGCAGGAAGCAGCCAUCUGGCAGCAGCAGCAGGAGCAGCAGGGCCAGGAAGUCCCGCCUCCUCCUCAGCAAGCACCUCAGGAAGUGCCUCCACCUGCUCCGCCAUCUCCACCUCUCCCCCCUCCUCCCUCCUUCCAGGAGUUGGAGAGCAGUGUAACCAUGCAGGCCAGCACCUUCAACUACGCCCGGCCCAAGCAGUUCAUUGCUGCUCAGAGCCCCAGCGGGGCGGGCUAUGUCACCCAGUCCUCGGGCUCUUCAGGGUCCAGUCUGUCCUCCCCCCUGUCUCCUCCCACCUCACAUAAGCCCUUCAGCAGGGUCACAGUGCCUCCUUUCGCCAAGGCCAGCAGUGUGGAGUCUCCAAGCUCUCCUUCCUUCCCUCCGCCACCUCCACCCUUCCUCAGCUCCAGUAACCUGUCCUCUCCAUCGGGCCCCGCCCAAGACUUCCCUCCUCCCCCUCCUCCCCCUCCUCCUCCUCCACCCGCCUCCAUGUCUCCAGCUUACUCAGACAUGUCCUCUCCAUUCUCCUCCGUCCCUCCAUCUCCAGCCUCAAGCUUCCUUUCCUCAGUGUUGCCCUCCACACCUUCCACACCCGGCAGUCCCACAGUCAACGCCCUCGGCCUUCCUAAAGGAAAUGGGACUGUCAAAGCGUUCCCCAGGAAGUCCUCGGUCACCAAGACGCCUCGCAUCGCUUCUGACUCGGACAUCCAGGGAUCCAAGGACGCCGUCAUCCAGGAUCUGGAGAGAAAGCUGCGCUUUAAAGAGGAGCGCAUAAGCAAUGGUCAACAGAGGUUAACCUAUGAGGAGAAGAUGGCUCGCAGGCUGCUGGGUGCUGACAACGCUGCCACAGUCUUAAACACUCAGGACACAGAGGAGGAGCCAGUCACACAGGAAGACAAGUCAUCUGAUAGAGAAUCUUACCCUCAAAAGGAGUACAAGGUGUCCAGCUUCGAGCAGCGCCUCAUCAGCGAGAUUGAGUUCCGUCUGGAGCGUUCUCCCGUGGAGGAGUCAGACGACGACGUGCAGCACGAUGAAAACUCUGCCGGCCAAGGCGAGGCGCCCUCCUUUCAUCAGAAGCUCAAACACUACAAAGUCUUCGAGGGCAUGCCAGUCACCUUCUCCUGUAAGGUCAAAGGAGACCCCAAACCAAAGGUCUACUGGUUUAAAGAUGGCAAGCAGAUCUCCAAGAGGAGCGAGCACUACAGGAUUAGCCGUGAGGCCGACGGGACCUGCUCCCUGCACACAGCCGCGGCCUCGCUGGAUGAUGACGGCAACUACACCAUCAUGGCAGGCAACCCUGAGGGCAGGGUGAGCUGCACCGGCAGGAUGAUGGUCCAGGCGGUGAACCAGCGGGGCCGUAGCCAGCGCUCCACACCUGGGCACAUGCGCAGGCCCAGGUCCAGGUCUAGAGACAGUGGUGAUGAGAACGACAACAUCCAAGAGCGUCACUUCCGCCCCCACUUCCUGCAGGCGCCCGGCGACCUCAUCGUUCAGGAGGGCCGACUGUGCCGGAUGGACUGCAAGGUGAGCGGCUUGCCCACUCCCGACCUCAUCUGGCAGCUGAAUGGUCAGACCAUCCGCCCCGACUCCGCCCAUAAGAUGCUGGUGAGGGAAAACGGCGUGCACUCGCUGGUCGUCGAGCCCGUGACCAGCCGCGACGCAGGCAUAUACACCUGCAUCGCCAGCAACCGAGCCGGGCAAAACUCCUUUAACCUGGAACUCAUUGUUGCAGCCAAAGAGAUGCACAAGGCCCCCUCAUUUUCUGAGAAGCUGCAGAACACCAGCGUGGCCGAGGGUCAUCCUGUGCGACUGGAGUGUCGUGUCACAGGAGUUCCCCACCCACAGAUCUUCUGGAAAAGGGAGAACGAGUCUUUCACUCACAACACAGACAGAAUCAGCAUGCACCAGGACAACUGUGGCUACCUGUGUAUGAUCAUCCAGCCAGCCAUGAAAGAGGAUGCCGGCUGGUACACUGUGUCAGCCAAAAAUGAGGCAGGCAUCGUAUCUAGCACUGCACGCCUUGACGUCCACACUCAGUGGCAGCAGCCCAACCUCCCCAAGCCCAAGAAGGUGCGUCCCUCCACCAGCCGCUACGCCGCACUGACAGAGAGAGGGCUGGACGUGAAGGCGGCCUUCUUCCCCGACUCCAGCCCACUGCAACCCGGUGGCCUGGUGGAAAGCGACGACCUGUAGAGACCACAGGCAGGAACGAGGAUUGAAACGUCAGAACCCCCCUCCCCACCCCCUCCCCCAAAAAACCUUGAAAGCUGCCCUCGCUCCCAGCACUCCUGAAACUUUAUGGUGGCCAGGGGUGGGGGGCGGAAUAUAACCUCUUCCACCAUCAUUGAACUGCAGUUACAGAACCAAAGGGUCAGUGGGCAGAGUGAGCUGGUGCAGCCGUGGUUUUCUUAUGUUUUUAUAGUAUGACACAACCCAUUAUUAUUACAGAGUUCAUCAAGGUAUUUUCCCCAAGCUUCGUUUUAUCAACUGGACCUGGAAAAUGAUUUUAGGAAAGACUGUUUAAAAAUAUGCUCUCUCAUGUCUCACGAACUGUUCGGUUGACUCUGCUCUGCAAAGGGUCUCCUGUUGAAGUGCCUCUCAUUUCCGUAAAGAUUAAAAAAAAAAAAAAAAUACAAGAACAGGUUUAACAUUGAAAUGAAACAUAGAAGUACUAUGCAUGUUCCAGUGGUGCCAUUUGCAGUACACAGAGUAAUACUGAGUCUAUAAUUAGUGCUCUACCAUCUACAUGUAGAGGAGACUUAAAAAGAGACUGAAUGAUUCAAAGCAUCGUGGCUUUGACGAAGGAGAUCACAGACUUUUAUUAUGUGGGCUUGUGUAGCACAGUUCUGAUAUUGACAGUAUCUAUAGCAUCAUGCAGUCUCAGUGUUGUCAGGUCAUAGAUUAGCUUACAGAUAAUGGACAAGGCCGGGCCUUACAAACCGUAUGUUUAGUGCUUAUUUUUUAUUUUAUUUUUUUUAGCUAAAGAAAUGAGAUUUAGGAAGAAGAAAACGGUUCGUUUGUUUCUGGGUGCAUCUGAAGUUAAGGUUAAGAAGAAGAGACAGAUGGAAAAAGCAGGUUUUAGUAGUGGACAUCGACACUGAUGUGGUAAGUGAGAUGUGAAAGACAGCGGUGAGGACAAUGGUUGUGAUGUAGAAAACUGGGAAAUUUGGAAAACUUUUGGUGAUGGCUGGUCAUGGUGAUUUUUUUUCCCUCUUUGAUGGUUUAUUUUAGGUGUGUGAAAUGAAAUGUUCUCACUUGAGAGGGGGUGCUGUGAAAGGUUUCAGUGUAUUUGUCACACACAUCACAGAUUGUCCAUUUUAUUUUUGUAUGAAAAAAAAUUAUUUACUUUCCCAAAAAUCUUGACAUAAAUUAUAUCAGCAACGUUUUGCUCACUGACAAAACAAUCCUUUCUGUAUCAUGAAGUUUUAUAAAUGUAUUUACUGCCUUAAAUCACUUUUAGGCUUAAUGCAAACACAAUUUCUUUGCAUGUUAUUUUUGGACACUUGUACGGUGCCAAACAACUUUUACCAGAAAGUACAAAAACACAGCUUUUUUCCCAGUAUUCAGAGGUAGCAAACACUCUUAAGCUGAUGAAAAGUGAAAAGCAAGGUAUAUUUAUAGCUACUAUUUUUGUCACCUCUGUAAUACUAUACAAAGUGGACAUCUUUUUCUGUGUCUGUUUCGUGCAUCAACUGACAGUUACUGUGUUUGCACAUUUCUAUGCCAAUCAAUGCCUGUAUAUGGAUUGUUCUCCUGAUAUUAUUUUAGGUUAUGAAAGUUAAUAAAAAUCUCUUCGGA